AGAGAGAGAGUCAAUACUGAAGUGACAGAACGGUUCCUGUUCUAGACCAGCAGGUGGCACUGACGCGACAUGACGUGGUUUCCCAGCCUCUAAUUAUGACGACAAAGCAGCCUGUUGACGUUCGAUCGGAAACAGCGCUUCUUCCUGGUUACGAAAGCUAAGGUACCAGCUACUAGUCUGCUGCUUCUCCCGGGCUGUUGGUAUUCCUCCUCUGAUCAGCGGGGCUCUGCCCAAGUGUGCUCCCCGGCGGCUUCAGUCAGUGACAGACGGACGCUAACAUCAGACUUUCACCGUUGAUCCUCCCGGGAUGUCUUUCCUGGAGAAGCCGGCCCCCGGCAGGCUGCUGUUGGAUGACACCGUGCCCCUGACGGCGGUGAUCGAAGCCAGCCAGAACCUGCAGUCCCACACGGAGUACAUCGUCAGAGUCCAGAGGGGCGUGUCUUCAGAGAACAGCUGGCAGGUGAUUCGGCGUUACAGUGACUUUGAUGUUCUCAACAGCAGCCUGAUGGUUUGUGGCAUCAGUCUCCCUCUUCCUCCAAAGAAGUUAAUUGGAAACAUGGACAGGGAGUUCAUAGCAGAGAGACAGAGAGGACUGCAGGCCUUUCUGGACUCAAUUACCCAGCAUCCCUUGCUUUCAUGCUCCCUGACUGUCAAGAAGUUUCUGGACCCCAACAACUACUCUGCCAACUACACAGAGAUCGCCCUGCAGCAGGUCUCCAUGUUCUUCAGGUCGGACCUGAAGUGGGAGGUCCUGGAGCCUCUCAAAGACAUCGGCUGGAGGAUCAGGAAGAAAUACUUUUUAAUCAAAAAUAAAGAGCAGCCCAAGGAGAUGUAUCUGCUGAGCUGGGUGGACCUGGGUCCUGAUAAGUUCCUGUCCGACAAAGACCUGCAGUCAGCCAUGAAGCUCCUAACCAGCCUCUCUACUCCAUAUCUCUGUCCGCUGUUGUUCUCCAGCACCAGCGAGUCUUCAGCUCUGCUCAUCCGGCCGUUCACUGAGAAAGGCUCUCUGAGAGACCACAUCUGUAAGGUGAAGCCCAGAGAGAGUUACCUGAAGAAGUACUGUAACCCGAAGAAGAGUCAGGGUCUCGAACUGCAGCACAUCAAACUGUACGGCCGUCAGAUCCUGGAGGGCCUGAAGCUCCUUCAUGAUGGCGGAUUAUUUUAUGGUCACCUGCAUGCGUCCAACAUAAUUGUGGAUGACGGCGUGUGUCGACUAAUGGACGUAGAGAACGGCAUGCUGGGAGUUCCUUCGGCACUGCGACCCGCCUUCACCCAGCUCAGGAAGAUUAACACCACAGAGAGCAUCGACAUCUUCUGCUUUGGACAUUUACUGUACGAGAUGACGUACGGCCGACCGCCGGACAGUGUCCCGGUCGAUCAAUACGCCGAUGUCCCCUACACCGCUGUGGCAUCAGUGCUGCAGUCCAUUCUGUCCUCAGAAGCCUGUAAGAGCGGGAUGCCAACUGUGUUGGAGCUCAUCAAGACACCUCUGUUUAGUGACGUCCAGCUCCAACACUCAGAAAAACUCCAGAUCAAGGUUCCCAGCAGGCUAAAAGAGGCGCUGAAGUCUGCAAAGGAGAGUCUGGAGAAGAGGCUGCAGGAGGAGCAGAGAGUGCUCCACCAGCACAGGAGGCUAACAAGAGCUCAGUCUCACCACGGCUCAGAAGAGGAGAGGAAGAGGAGGAAGAUUCUGGCGAGGAAGAAGUCCAGACAGUCAGCUUAUGAAAAUGAAGAAGACGUCACUGUCAGAAACAACAAUAACUCUGGUUCUGGAGCCAGUUCCCCUCCGACUUGCCCCUCCUCCCCCACCCCUCCAUCCACUACAGGAGCCCUGACUACUCCUCCCCCUCCCCCUCCUCUUCCCCCUGCUAUGCUGGACUCGUCCUCCCGUCCCCCUCCUCCUCCUCUGUCCUCCUCUGGCGGAGCGGGAGGAGGUCGCACCGCCUUGCUGAGCUCCAUCCAGGCCUUCUCUAAGAACAAACUGAAGAAGUCCGAAACCGUCGACCGCAGCAAACCCAUCAUCUGACCCCGCCCUCCAGGGCAACCUGUCCCCGACCAGGAAACCGUCUGGAUGGACCUGCUGGUUCUGCACUGUGGUCUGGACCAUCUCACGUCCUCCCUCCCUCCCUGAGAUGUGAAAAGGAAUCACUAACAAAAUAAAUCCAAGUACCAUUUUUUUUAUUUUUAUCGCUAUUCCUGCUUUUUUUCUGCUUUUAAAUUUAGUUUUUGUUCUUAAUCUGUUGCUGUGGUUGGAGAGAGGCUCAAAAACUCUGGACAGUCCGAGGCACCUGAAGGUUUUGAAGGUUUGUCCUCUCUGACUGCCUUAUCACAAGGAGACAGCCACCAGGCUGUAGAUACAAAAUAUUUGUAAGCUCAAACUGAGUCUGGGGAGCUUUUUUGGGUCAACCUGCUGCUUCAGCAGGCAGCCAACUGGCUUAUUUUUCUGCUUGUAAAAGUGGCAGUUGAACAUUUGAAAUCCGAAGUUUUGGAGCCACUGUGGAUGCUUCAUCCUGCUGGAUGAUGAAGUUGAAUUCCCUGGAUCCAAAACUCUUAACUUCAGUGCUCUGACACUGUCCUGGCACUGCACUGGUUCAGGCUCCAUCUUUCCCCUUUUUGAAAUCAUCUCAUGACAUGUAAGCCUCCAGGUUUCACUGCAGGACGUCAGUGACGAAGAAAGACUCCAGAAAAUCACUAGAGCCUCUGUCGUUUUAUCUAUAAUUAUGUCCCAAAAAACAUAAUGUUCUUAAAACAAGAAGAAAAAAAACCCUCCAGUGCAGAAUAUCUCAAUUGAAUUCAAGUUUUUUUUGUUUUAGAAUUUUAUAAAAAUGUGUCUGCAUCUUGUAAAAAUAAAAUAAGGCAGGUCACUGCAUUAGACACAA